AUGGUGUACAUGCGUAUGUUCAUGAUCGCUGCUGCUGGUGGAAAGAUGACUCUUGGUAAAGUCGUAUGUGUGCUGUAUAAUGAUCCUAUAGAUGGGUAUCCUCCUAAAUAUGCCCGUGAUGAUAUACCCAAUAUAAGUAUACACUUUAAACCUGGUACUCUACUUGGUUGUGUAUCUGGUGAACUUGGUAUACGUCAGUUAGUUGAAGAUCAUGGUUAUGAGUUUAUAGUAACAUCUGAUAAAGAUGGUGAUGAUUCUUAUAUGACUGAGAAACGUUUCAAGAUGGCACCCAAGCUAAAACUAUGUAUUACUGCUGGUAUUGGAUCUGAUCAUGUUGAUCUAGAAGCUGCUGCACAGAAUAAUGUCACUGUUGCUGAGUUAUUGAAGGUGGUUGGAAUAUAG